AUGGCUUCCAGGAUCAAAAAUUGGAUCUUGAAAAGGUCAUCGUCGACCAACGACUCUCACAAAUUAGAAGGAAAGCCAUACGAAAAAGCAGAAUCUUCGGAUACACCUUCAACAGUGACCCCUGCUGGUACCAACCUUGGAGACAAGCUUUCGUUUGACGAUGUAGCAAGAUUUUUCAAAACACCCAAGGUCGAAUAUACCGGUAGCAAUGAAGAAACAAAUAUAUGGGCGGGAAGAACGUAUACGACCCUUUAUGAAUCAGCAGAAGCUCCCAUAACUCCUAUAACUCCAGGCAGACGACAAAAUACGGCGAAAUCCAAUGAACAUGACGGGAGACCUAGAACGGCUCCUUCUGAUGAAGAUGGUCGGGGAGGCGGAAGAAGAAGCUCUUUACGAACAUUCUCUGAAUUUGCGACGAGAUCCUCUCCUUUUCUGCGACACAAAAAAUCUACUGCCUCGCAGCAUAUCCUUUCGAGGACCCCUGAGGCAACAGCACUGGUAUUCCCAAGUCCUCCCACCUCAGCUCAUCAUAUUUCUCCACCAACCUCCCCAUACGCGUAUGAAUCAAUCGAGUCUGCUAGGCCAAUGGCUACACCAUCCUAUGUGCCACACCAUAGACGAGAUUCAUCUCGUUCUUCGAAAGCUUCACGAAAUUCAUAUGUCGAUAUUUUGGAUGUACACGACAAUAUGAAGGGUGGACGAGAUACUUACAGAAAUUGUACCAUAGCAGCUGAAGCAAGGAUAUAUGGAGACGAUAUAGCGAAUGGAAAUUUGGCCAUGGAAAAUGCUCGAUUAGAUCAUAGAGAUCAUAAAUUCAGCUAUUUGAAAUCGAUAUAUUACGGUGUGGCUGAAACUGAAGGAUCUAAACGUUCUAGACUUGGGCUCUUAGAGCGCAUUCCCAGAAAUGACGACACAGAGACACUUUCGUCUUCAUCAUACACCCAAUCUGUAUCCAGGUCUCUUGUUUCCCUUAGCGAGUCUCGACAAGAAAUCGGCUUGGACCUACCCGAGUACACUUACGGUUACUCCGCUGGUUCUUGCCAAAAUCAAGAUAGUUUGACCACGGGUUCCGACAGUAACUUUGAUCAUCAUCAAAGAGAUCUAGAAACUGCUCAAACCACAACUUAUACUGCAUCAAUUCGAGAAGCUCGCCGUCGAGCAUUCGUCUUUACACAAUUACAUCCAAUUCAGCUAGCCUCUCAUCGAAGAGAGUCAGAGGCAAUCAACUCGUCGAAUACUACCUCCACAAUGAGAGACACAUUACGAACCGUACCGGCGAAUGAUCGUCGUCCUUUCCAUUCGGCCUCUACUGUCACGUCGAUGAGGCAAAAUCCCGACUUGUCUUCGAGUAUCGGCACUUCUGGCAAUGCCUUGGACAGAACUCCUCGAACGAUGCCAUCGCCAUCGCAUUAUUCUACCAUUUCUACCAAUGACAGAACCGAGACUACAGUUGAUGACGAUGAUAUGCAUGUCAACGGUACCAAAUUUCCCAUUGCAAAUGGACAGAAACAUACAUCAUCACCAACCACCGAUCAAUUUGAGAAGGGAUCUUACCUCGUUGAAGAACGGGCGGAGCCUAUCAGCCUUGAAGGUGUAGUAGAUCUUACCAAUACCGUGGAUACUACUGUACACAAAAGAGUUGCACCUGCUGUUAUUCAAGAACAUGUUCUACCUACUGAACACGAAAUCAUAACGAGAGAAAUCUUCCGAGAGGUUCAUCAACAUCAUUACUAUCAUCGAGCUCUUCCCGUUAUUGAUACAGAGAUCCUACCUGCCAAACAUUACGUUUAUGGCGACGAUGGAGAUACACUGAUGAGAAUACCAGAGUCGAUGGUACCGGGUCAUACCAUCACAGGGUCCCGUUCUCAAAAUUGGUCAAUUGUACUACACCAACAACCAGCUCCUGCUGAAGAUGCUUUCGACUCACCACUGUUCGGAGUAGAACCUGAUCUACCAGAUACGAAAUACACAACACAUUAUCAGCCAAACUCGAAUGGACAGUUAGAAUGGUCUCGUGUGCCUGGUGAGCCUGUGAAGGUCAUGGAACGAGAGUACAUGACCGCAGAGGGUUUCCCUCGCAAGGAAACUUGGUGGAGAUAUCCUCCUGUUCUUGCGACGGCUGCUUAUGAAGCUGGUCUAACAGUACCCAUGCAUUGGAAUCACGUACCUGCUGGAAAGGAACAGACUGUCACGGAAGAACCAGCUUCGACUCCUCAAAAGGAGAAGAAAAUCAAAGAACUUCGUGAUCUUGAGCAUGCGCAAGCAGCUGAAUACAAUAAUGUCGAUCACUUAGAUUCUAACAUGGGAAAACUUCGCGAACAGAAGCUAUAUGGUGGCCUUUCGAAUUCGGAUUCUGUGCAUGCACGAGAGCUCAAUGAUAUGCAUUCGUCAUCACUUUCGAGGGAAACAAUUGCACAACAACAAACAACAAAUAGACCAUCAACUCAAGAUAGCGGUUACAGUGGCUUGGACGGUGCUUCCUCACCUGUCGCAAAAGGUCCGUCGCAUCUCAGAAAUAGCUCGGGUUCAAGCAUAUCAAGCCUCUUGGGCAAAGUAAGAGGUGACGAUGGAAGAAAAUCUAUGCCCGUGGGAGGAGAAGCUACAAAAUAUCUACAGAGAUUGAGGGAGAAGAGAAGAAGCUCAACCUCUUCUACAGGGACUGGCCCAAGAGCUUGGGGAAGAAGAAGCGAAGAUGUUGGGAGAAGAAGUGAGGGUAUUCGGAGCGAACUUCCCUUAACUGACGAUACGAAAAAAGUUGAGCAUCUUUUUGGGGUGGCUACCCCCAUGGUUUAA